GUGGCACUCUUCUGGCUGGGGAGCUGGCCGAUCUUGGCCAGCAGCUGGCAAUGGGACUCUCCCAUCUUCACAGCCUUGGCAUGCUGUAUGGCAGCCUUGCUGCAAGCGGAGUGCUGCGAGGUUCCCUAGAUGGUCUCUGGAAGCUCGGGGACUUUUCUCGUGCAGCAGCCCUGCCCGUUGCGGCUUCGGAGUGGCGCAGCCGCAGCGGCGCGAAACCAUGUGAGGCCCCCCCCGAGGCCCGUGGUAGCACGGAUGAUGCACUCAAGCCCGAGGCGGAUGUUUGGCUCUUGGCCUCACUAGUCUUGGCAACACUCUGUGCUGCAAAGCCAGGCGACGCUUUCUUUGCUCUAGCACCGGAGCGGCUCCUGGAUUCUGCCGUGGCACGGGUCUGGCUGCUGCUGCAGUGGCUUCUGGCCGAGGACGGCAAAUGCAGGGCAGCUCCCCUUCGAAGCUGGCGGAUCUUUCUCUGGAAAGGCUGCGGCACUUUGCUGGGCCUCAGGUUGACCAGAUCUUGGAAAACUGCGGCGUCGACGGUGAUGGAGUCGGGUGUGCUGAGGAGACUCCUCGGCACCUCGCCGGCGGACAUUCGAAGCUACCUCCAGGCUUUUGCAAAGCGAGCUUUAGUCGAGAUGUGGCUGACGUUUCCACCAAUGCGAGUGGCGUGUCAGCUGAAAGUAGAUCGUAGUACGCUACUUGCUCUCGUUGCCACCAUGGCGAUGACAGUGACCGUGUCGUUGAUGAGCGGCCGGAGUGCAAAGUUGAAAGCUGAACCAGGGUCCCGGGUUCACGAUCUUCGGACAAGAGCUUCGAAAGAACUGAAAGCGCCAAUCGGCGGCCUGGUAUUGCAGAUGCAAGGUGCGCCAAACACAACUCCGCUUGAUGAGGAGGCAACGCUGCAGCAGGCCGGAGUUCGGGAUGGCGCGAUGCUAAAUGCCACGGUGAAGCAGGUACCUGUGGGUUGCAGUCGGCGCAACGCAGCCUUCGCCCUUGUGCGCGGGGAUGGAACAGUGGUGACUUGGGGAGAUGCACAGUCAGGUGGUGACAGCAGCUCCGUUUAUAAGGGUCUGACGAAAGUGCAGACGAUCAAGGCGACCUCUCGAGCUUUUGCAGCCUUGAAAAGGGAUGGGCAGGUCGUCACAUGGGGUGAUCCUCUUCGAGGAGGUCGAGGCGGACCCAGCUCACAUCUGAUGGACGUCAGAAGUUUGCAGGCAUCGCAGAGCGCAUUUGCGGCCUUACGCAAUGAUGGAAGGGUCGUCACAUGGGGUGACACAGCAGCCGGAGCUGAUAGCAACUCUGUGUCGCAAAGGUUGCUCGAGGUGAGCUCGAUUUCAGCAACAGCUUUUGCUUUAGCCGCCAUAUGCCAAGAUGGACUUGUGGAGACCUGGGGCGACCGCCGCUAUGGAGGUGAUUGUAGGGCCGUGCAGAAGGAGCUUCAGAGUGUCCGUUCGAUCGUCGGAAAUGAUUUUGCUUUUGCUGCCAUCCGUGCCGACGGCAGUGUGGUUUGCUGGGGCAAGGACGAUAGUGGCGGCAGCACAGGUGAGAUGCAAGCUCAGCUCAUCGAUGUUGUUUCUAUCGAAGCAUCGAGUGCCGCCUUUGCUGCCAUUCGCAGCGAUGGGCGGGUGGUCGCCUGGGGUGACAGGCAAUUUGGGGGCGAUUGCUCCUCUGUGAGGGAUCAGCUGAUCCAAGUGCAGAGCAUCACCGCAUCUCGCGCUGCCUUUGCGGCGCUGAAGGCCGAUAAUACAGUGGUCGUCUGGGGCCACGAGCAAUAUGGAGGCACGGUGAGCCUGCAGAUCAGCCCACAGCUGAAUCAUGUCAACCUGAUCAAAGCAACGGAGUUUGCCUUUGCAGCUUUGAAAAGUGACGGCCAGGUUGUGACUUGGGGCAAUCCGGUGGAAGGUGGCGACAGCCAAUCCCCAUCGGUCAAGGAGAAGCUGCGAGACGUACAGCAGAUUGAGGCUUCAUCGGGUGCCUUUUUGGCUAUCCGUGCAGACGGCAGUGUGGUUUGCUGGGGCAACUCCGACAAGGGAGCCUACACCAAGCCAGUCGACAUGUACCUGAAGGAUGUUCACUGCAUCGGGACGCGCUACGAGACAUGCUGGUUCCAACACGUGCUGCGACGACGGCGUUUCAAACUGGGUGCAACAAAAGAGUCCGAGGAGUCGCGUUUCGAGGCCGAAGGUGCGUUCUUUGGGAGGGUUGUCGGCUUUGCCAGUGCUGGUGAGGCAAAAUGGCAGAUGAUCCGACUUGCGAGGCAUCUGUCGAUCUGCUUGGCCUGCGCGGUGUCCUUGGCUGAGACUGUGCUGCUGGUUGUGCUGGCGGCUCUUGUGGUCCUGGAGAGGCCAGCCGGUCGCUCGUCAGGUACCGGCGCAUACAACUUCGCGGGGUACGUCGGCCGGCACCGGCAAGCGGGGGUGGCUCGCCGAUGCGAGUUCCAGCAGAAGCGCGAGGCACUUAAGGAGUGCCUGGCCCGUGAGUACCGAAGCUUCUUUCGACCCUUCGAGGCCGAGUAUUACGAUGAGGACGUCUCCUUCAAGGAUCCACUAAACAACCUCGCUGGAAAGGACAGCUACAAGGCUAACGUGGAGAUGUUGUCUGGAGACAGCUUUGUAGGGAACCUGCUCUUCUCAGACGGCUUUAUUGACCUCCAUGCUGUGGAGGAGGUUCCAGGGCAGCCCACGCGACUCCGGACACGCUGGACACUAGGCUUCGUUUUCAAGCUGCUGCCAUGGAAGCCCCGGGCCCUUUUCAGCGGGGUGUCCGAGUACGAGAUCGACGGGCAGAGUGCCAAGGUCUGGACGACUUCUUCGAGAUGUCCCGAGAGCGAGUUGAUCCGACGAACAAGAGCGCACUUGCACCAGCUUCCGAGGCGCGGCGAAGACGCUCUGAGAGGGCAGGGAGAGAGAGGGGAUCUGAUUUUCGGAGAGGUGGCGAAUACGCCGGGGCCCGGGGUUCCGGAGCCGCCUCUCAGUGGCCUCAAGGAUCUCGUUAGCCAGCUCCUUCCAGGUGCGCUGAAACCUGCAGAGGCUCGCGAGCCCGCCGUUGCCGAGGAGGCAGGUUGGGAACUGUUGCGAAGAGCUGCAGCCUACCGCAUCUACCGCAGCUCGGACGGCAGAAUAUUCGCCGUUCCGGCACCGAGCUUCACUGCCGGCCUUGCAGGUGUCAAGGCAGAGAUGGAGGCCCACGGCCUGAAAGCAGGUCAGGUUCGCGAAGUGAACGGUGUGCAGUCUCUGGAGCUGGCGGAGCCGAGCCCCUGGGUCAGUGCGGAAGCCGUGCUGCAGGCUUCGUAG